AUGAAUCCGCUGCCGACCCCCGCGCUACCAAGCCACAUGCGCUUCGCGCUUCACCAAGUCGAAGCCGCAAAACCGGAAGAACAAGUAUUCAUCGUCAGGUCGCCAGGUAAGGCCGAGGAGACCAGAGAAGCCCCGGGAGGACAAGGAGCCAGCCCUGAGCCAGCGCACCUCGGCACAACAGUGGCACCAGCAGAUCCCUGCAGUUUCGACCUGGGCGUUCCAGCAGAAAGGGAGGAGAGACUCAGUGCCAUGGACGCAUCCAUGGUUGUGGUUGUGAUCAUGUUCAGUGUUAGUGUCAAUUGCCGUCGAUACCUGGCCGCAUGCCACGGCCCCGGGGAGCAGCAGACCGAGACCUGCAAGGCAGGUCACUUGGAAACGGCAUCGAAGGCGCCUGCGGUCCUGGGCGGUGCUGGUACUCCAGAGAUGGGCGAGGCAGACGUGGCUCCUGCAAAGCCCGAGAAUGCAGAAGCAGCGCGCCUUGCCAAGGAGGCUGCCCAGAAAGCUGAAGAGGAGCGUGCCGCAGAGAAAGCGAAGAAGAUGGAAGAGGAGCGCUUAGCAAAAGAGGCUGCAGAAGCUGCAGCCAAAGCUGAAGAGGAGCGUGCUGCGAAGGAAGCCGCAGAGAAAGCCGAAGCAGAGAAAGCGACGAAGGCCGAAGAGAAGCGCAUAGCAAAAGAGGCUGCAGAAGCUGCAGCGAAAGCUGAAGAGGAGCGCGCCGCCAAGGAAGCUGUAGAGAAAGCGAAGAAGAUGGAAGAGGAACGUGUAGCACAAGAGGCUGCAGAUGCUGCAGCGAAAGCAGAAGAGGAGCGUGCCGCAAAGGAAGCUGCAGAAGAAGCCGAAGCAGAGAAAGCGAAGAAGAUGGAAGAGGAACGUGUAGCACAAGAGGCCGCAGAUGCUGCAGCGAAAGCUCAAGAGGAGUGUGCUGCAAAGGAAGCUGCAGAAAAAGCGAAGGAGAUGGAAGAGGAACGUGUAGCACAAGAGGCUGCAGAAGCUGCAGCGAAAGCUCAAGAGGAGUGUGCUGCAAAGGAAGCUGCAGAAAAAGCCGAAGCAGAAAAAGCGAAGGAGAUGGAAGAGGAACGUGUAGCACAAGAGGCUGCAGAAGCUGCAGCGAAAGCUCAAGAGGAGCGUGCCGCCGAGAAAGCCGAAGCAGAGAAAGCGACGAAGAUGGAAGAGGAACGUGUAGCACAAGAGGCUGCAGCGAAAGCUGAAGAAAAGCAUGCCGCAAAGGAAGCUGCAGAGAAAGCCGAAGCAGAGAAAGCGACGAAGGCCGAAGAGGAGCGCAUAGCAAAAGAGGCUGCAGAAGCUGCAGCGAAAGCUCAAGAGGAGCGUGCCGCCAAGGAAGCUGUAGAGAAAGCCGAAGCAGAGAAAGCGACGAAGGCCGAAGAGGAGCGCAUAGCAAAAGAGGCUGCAGAAGCUGCAGCGAAAGCUGAAGAGGAGCAUGCCGCCAAGGAGGCUGCAGAGAAAGCCGAAGCACAGAACGCGACGAAGGCCGAAGAGGAGAGCAUAGCGAAAGAGGCUGCAGAAGAUGCAGGCAAAGCAGAAGCAGAGAAAGCGAAGGAACGCUUAGCAAAAGAGGCUGCGGAAGCCCUGGUGAAUGCUGUAGCAAAAGAAGCUGCAGAAGCUGCAGUGAAAGCUGAAGAGCAACGCUUUGCAGAUGAGGCUGCAAAAGCUGGGGUUGCCAAGGAAACAGCAGAUGCAGCCAAAGCUACGAAACUUGAAGAGGAGUUCCUGGCAAAUCAAGCACCCGAAACCGCCGAACCUGAGAACGCCACGGCUGCUGAAGAGCUCAAAGCGCAAGCUGCAGGCGAAGUCGAAGAUCAGAACGAAGCAGACGGCCUGGCAAAAGGAGAUCAGGCAGAUUCCGCCAAAGACGAGCGGGAGUUCCUGGCUGCGGAAGCUAAGCAAGAUGAAGAGGAAUGCCUGGCAAAAGAGGCCGUGGAAGUCCUUGCGAAAGCGGACUGGGAGCAGCUCGCCAAGGAAGCGACAGAUGAUGCAUCCGCUGAAGCCCAGAUUCAGCAACUGCUAGAAGCAGCAGUGGAGGCGGCGCAAGCCAAAAGUCUUGAAGAGCAAGAGGAUGCGGCUGACGAGUACAGUGUUAGUCGGCGGACGAGUGGCUACCUACCAGGCGUCGUUCUUGCAAGCCUGCAGCAAAAAGAGGAUGCGGCUGGCCUCUCAAAGGCAGACCCUGAAGAAGAGCUGAUUUCCAAGACAAAAGAACCGCAGGAGCGACAGAUGCCUUUGUCCCAGGUCGUGGCGGACACACCCGAUGCAGCACAAGAUCAGCAGCCAAUUAAGGCCAAGGUAGAGGUGGAGACGGAUCGUUUCCCAGAGCGGCAGCGGCAAGCUUGCAUGGCAGAGGAGGCUGAGCAGGGUGUCGUUGUGGCGAGGGAGGCGGAGACUGUGCCCACAGAAACCUCAGCGAACGCCGGCGGAUCGACAGAAAUGCAGCCAGCGGAGCCUAAUCCCCGUGGCUUCGAGGAGUUGAGGGCUGAACAGCAGCCCAUCCCGGCUGAAGCGGAGGCGCGGCUGCUGGUCGAAAACACGUCUGUGGAGAGCUGCGACGAGAAGGAGCCACUUGCAGAGCCCAGUGCAGCAGACGAGACUACGCAAAGACCGGAAGCUUUGGAGAAGGCGAUCGACAAAGAGGUCGAUCGGAUCAGUGUGCGCACGGACGAUGCUUCCACAGAGGACGAAGGUGAGGCGUUGCUGCUGCCGGAAUGUGAAGCCUGGAGUUGCGCGCAGUGCGGCUUGAUCAACGAGGUCUGUCCAGAUAUUUGCGUGCUAUGCGAG